AUGUCUCAACACCAAGUUGAUUUUACCCUCGCGGAUCUUCCCACUGAAAUUCAUCAUACAAUUUUUUACUACCUCGAUUAUGUUCGUGAUAUUUGUUGUGAUCAGUUAUUGUAUGUUCCGAUGAUUGAAAUGCCAUCAACAUUGGAAGAAUAUGAACGGAAUUGUAUUGAUCAUGGUGAACAGGAAUUUAUUGAUUUUGAUCAUCCUAGUCGCGUGCCUUUCUUUUUAGCCUGUCAAUCACUGCUGAAAUCUGUAAAAUCAUUCAGACCAAUAGUUUUGAAUUUAACACUACCAUCAACAGAAAGGGGGCUCUGCAGAUAUUAUUUGGACAAGUUAUAUAUUGAAACAUUUCAAAGAACUCCUUGGUUUAGAAGAGCAAAACCUGCAUAUCAUUUUAGUAGUUAUGAUUGGAAUGACGCAUUUAGAGCACUAUUUGAAAGGAUGAAAAAGCUUUGUGGUGGUCAUCCUUUGUUUAAAGUGGAAUUUGUAUCAGUUGCUUGUAUUGUUGGCAGAAACUAUACCUCUUUUGAAUAUGCUUAUCAUGGAGGAUUUAAUUUACACAAACUUAUGGAUCUAGUACCUAACCUUAAAUAUGCACUAUUCGAUUUCAACCCUUCAUUAGUUUUAUAUGAAAGAAGUGAAUCUUUGACCAUUAUUUAUGCAUCAAAGUCAGAUUAUUACCAUUCAGCAUUGGGACAAAAAAAGAACAUUUACUUCUCAUCCUUUGAUUAUGAAAGAAACCCAAUAGUACCAAUUGAAAAAUUGAAAGGAGUAUUUCCAAACAAUUAUCCAACAAAUAUUGAAAUAUUCCUCUACAAUAGUAUAGUAUCAAAUAAUUUUAAGGAGGCAAAAUAUAUUAUCAACAAUUUUACUCUUAAUGCUAAUAUAUUUUCCUAUAUAUGGAAUACCAAAUCUUACAUGACACGAGAACUCAACUAUUAUAAUCUUACACAAAUUAUGGACAUAUUACAUUUUUUUUACAAAAAUUAUCCAUCUUUUAGAGUAUUUAGAAUUCCAAUAGACAAUAUAGUAUGCUUAAAACUAAUUGUAUCACAGCCAUUUGUAGAUAUUCAUGUUGGUAAGAAUAUUACCAAAUUAUUCCUAGAGAGAAUGACUACUAAAGAUGUUCAGGUACUAUCUAGAGAUUAUAAUGUUGAUUUUUCCAAACUUGGUAAUUUCAAAUUCUCUGCUAAUUGUUUUUUAGAAACAAAUUUACAAAUAGAAAAUACUUGUGAUAUUUUUGGUGUAUCCACGGCUAUGUUUAGAUUGGAAAGAGGCAGUAACAUUAUUGAGAAGGAUAAGUUUGGAAAUAAUAUCCUUCAUUAUAUAUUCUUGAAUAGGAGAGGAAACAAUUUAUCGCAAUCUCUUUCAAAGUUUUCACAAGAGGAAAUUAAAUUACUUGGAAAAGAGCCAAACAUUUUCGGUAUCACUGCAAAUGAACUAGCGCUUAUUAAGGGAUGUGACUUUAAAAUUGAAAGUUUUAAUAAGAAAUUCUGCUACGAGUCCUUUGGUAGAACCUGUGGCAGUUCAGAUUUGCCUAGAAUGUUACUAUUUGAUGGAUUAAUGGUUAAUGAACAAAUCUAUUGUGUAUUUAUGAAUAAUUUACAAACCAGUAGAUAUGAUUAUGAUCAAUAUAGAGAUAUCAACUUUAGAGAUGAAAAUGGAAAGCAUUUGGUUCACUAUUCCCCAAAUUGUUUUAGUGAAAACACAGAGUGUUUGGGUUUAGAAUUGAAAGAUAUUAUCUUUUGCAAAGAUAAUAAUCAAACAAUGCCCAUCCAAACAUUUUACAAUAGUUAUCUUGUGGCUUUGGACAAGUUAGGACAAAUUGAGAAUAUGCCCAAGUUGAACUUUUUUUCAUAUACUGAUAACUUUGGAAUGUGUCGAUAUUUAUAUUUAUUGAUGAAUUCCUAUAUUAAUACUCAGUUAUUGGUAUCAGAAGCUGAUACUAUUGGAUUUGAUUACUCUUCAGGUCAACCUGAACUUGUAUCAUUGUGUUCUCAUUAUUUGGAUGGACUCUAUCAUUUUUCAAUUGAAAAAAGCCCUUUGAAACAAUUGAAAGGUAUUAGAUACUUUGGAAGUGUUGAUGGAGAUGAUUUCUCACAUUACGUAUUGAGAUAUUAUUUGGAUUACAUUAACAAAAACCCUACUUACUAUCUAGACACUUCAACCCUCAAGGUUCUUAUUGCUAGAGGACUAAAGUUUGAUGUUGUUAGAAACUCACAAGGGCAAACAGCUUUUGAUUUAAUUGAUCACUUAACAGGGACGACACAAUUGAAACAUAUGAAGAAAGUAUGUAGAAAAGGCCGUACCACAAAAUCCAAGGCAUUACCCAAAUUUACAAUCAAACACAAUCCAAUUCCAAAAGAUGUUUUAAUAGAGGAUUCUGAAACAACACUUGUUGUUAAAUCACAAAAUGUUGCACCAUUCCGUAUUAGAAUCAAACGCAGUUUAACAUUUCACAAAUAG